AUGGGCAGUCGACCCCGAAGCCCCAGCGCCGGCCCCGCACCCUGGUGGAGACCGCAGCCCGGAGGACCCGGCCCUGCCAAGCGCCCUCGACUGGAGGAGACACUCGCCCUCGAGCCCAGCUCCGGAUCCAGCCUGGAAGACUCGGUGGGGCCCUCGACCGCGGACACCCUUACCUCCGUCGUGGUCCUGGCCGCCGGCUGUGCCUUGCAAGUGCCCCUGGACGACGUCGACCUGGUGCUGGAGCCCGAGCCAACCUCAGUCCUGCAAGUAUCCUUCGAAGGGCACACCCUCAUCCUGGUCCCCGAGGUCCUCCUAGGGUCGGUCGACGAACACCUGGGAGGGCAAGGCGACUCGCCCGUCGGCCUGGAACCCGGUGUUUUCCUGGGUGCUCCUGGGGAAGAAAUCGUCCUUGAGCAGCCAUUCUUCCUCGAGUCUGUCCCAGACAUCGCCGCCCAAAAGGGGGCCUUCCACGACGACGCUGAGCCCUUCGUCCAGGCGCCCUGGAUGGAACCUCCAGCUGGCUUAGCUGCUGGGCUCCAGCCAUCUGCUAGAAGGGUGUCCGGCCCCUACCCUCAGGGCCGGGUCCCAGAACCCUCUCCUCCGGUCCUCAAUCCUAGUCCAGGGACACGCUCCCCAAACCCCAUGUUUGACCUGGAAUUCCACCUUCUGGAGCCUUUCCCCAGCUCACCACUCCAACCUCUACCUCCUUCUCCAAGUCCAAGUCCACGUCCCCACGCGCGACCAGAGCACUCUCCUCAGCCUCCGUGCAAGGCCCGGAGAUGCUUGUUUCCGGAAUGA